AGCGUUGUCUCGGCUCAAGCUGGUCCUGACGCUCGCUUUGGGAUGAGACGGUUUUUUAGUGAAACCUGCGGAUGGACGCUAUUUGCGACGAGUGGGUAAACGGACUUGGACAGCAGCCGCGGCACUGUUUGGCACAAUCCUGAGGAAGACGUGUGCGUCCAGGGCAAGGCUGAAUGGGACCGCUGCUUCAGCGUAUCGAUGGGGCAGGUCUGGAUCUGGUUCCACUCCACUACCAAGGAGAGGGCCAGCGACUGCCCAGAUGCUCUGCCGAGUGUUCCGUUCGACAGCCACACCCUGGACCGCUGGGGUGUCACGUGGUGCUCCGACAGCGGCAGGGCGAGCAAGAUCUGGACGUGCCGGCACACCGGAGCGAAGCACGAGGACAGGUCCUGUCGGUGGGCCCGCGUGCGCAGCAGGUCUCUGAACGCCACCGUCUGGUUUCAUCCUGGACCGCCGCUGCAGCGCCUGGAGCACUGCCCCUUUGCGGCCGUCGCGCACGGCAGCGGGGCAGAGCAGAGGCCGCAGAAGGCCCAGAAGCACGCGGCCAGGAGCACUGCAGGACAACCCGCGCCUUCAGCAUCUUCGCCGUCGCAGGCCAUGCUGCCAGUGUCGCUGGAUGGGUUUUGGACGUUCGUCGAGCGCUGCAUUCGCGGGACGGUGUGUCCUUCGUACGCCCUUGGCGGGCUCGCGCUGCUGUUGCCAGAUGUGAAGGCGGUCGCGGGGGAUAUUGUUGUGCAGCAUGCGGGUUGCCUUCCUCAAUCCUCUGGCGCAGCAUGCUCGUUGCUUAUUUGGGUUGCGGCGGCCCUGGUUUUCGCACGUACGCCAAGAUUUCGAAUCAGAUCAAGCACCCGUGCGACACCACGCCUGGCGAUCUCUGCAACAUGUAUACCUAUUUGAAACGAUUGAU